ACAUCUAGCAUUCUGAUAUGCCACGUUGCUAGUGAACACUUAAAUUGUUUUGAUCAUAGCUGGCAUCGCGUACCGUCUGGACUUGAUAAUUUCUAAUUUACUAAACAAAAAGGGGAAAAAUAAACAUGAUGCAUGAUCCAAAUCAGCAGCACGGGUAUGCUGGACAACAAACUCCCUCAACACCAAACCAGCCACCUCCUCCAGGAGCAUACCAGCCACCUCCUCCGGCAGCAUACCAGCCGUCAUCUCCUGCUAAUUUCCAGAAUGUAGUCUACAAUAACUACAACCCUGGCCCUCAACCGGUAGUGGUUCAACCAGGACCCACUCAGACAACUAUCAUACAGCAAACACAGCCAAGACCUUCCAGCUAUUUGGGCCUGGCUAUAUUUACAUGCUUAUGCUGCAAUAUACUUUUCGGAAUCCCUGCUAUCGUACUUUCCGUGCAGUCGAGCUCCUCAGCUGAUAACGGGGAUUUUGAUGGCGCGAGGAGAACUGGGAAAAUAUCAUUGGGGAUAAGCCUAAGCGGAAUAGCCAUUGCACUCAUCGUUAUAGCGAUUGCCCUCGGCGUGUACUACACCUCGGAUGCAUACAAACUGUCAACAUAUUAUUACUAUAGCGAUAGCUAUGGUCGCUAG